ACCCUGGAACGGGAGGGCCAGGGCUAGCACCGGGGGUGGGGGGCGUGUCUUGAGGGUGUGCGCUCCGGCUAGGGGGCGAGUUCUGGGGGAGGUGGGGGCGCGUCCCGGGUGGGCGCGUCCCGGGAGGGCGCGUCCCGGACAAGCGCGCGUUCUGGAAGCAAGAGUGUCCCCGGUGGGUGGGCGCGUCCCCGAGGGGGAGGGCACAGUCUAGGGGCGGGCUCUCCGCGGCCCCACCCUCGACCGCGUCCCCCGGCGCCCCCCGCGCACCCAGCCGGGACCGAGCCGACCGCGCGCCACAGCUAUCCGGCCAUGGAGACGCGAGAGCGGCGGCGCCCGCAGUUUCGGCUGCUGCUGCUGCUGCUGCUUUGCGGUGGGUGUCCUCGAGUGGGUGGCUGCAACGAGACUCGCAUGCUGGAGAAGCUGCCCCUCUGCGGGAAGGCCUUCGCCGACAGGAUGCACAAGGUGGACGUCUGGAAGUGGUGUAACCUGUCUGAGUUCAUUGUGUACUACGAGAGCUUCACCAACUGCACCGAGGUGGAGACCAACGUGGUGGGCUGCUACUGGCCCAACCCCCUGGCGCAGGGAUUCAUCAGCGGCGUCCACAGGCAGUUCUUCGCCAACUGCAGCGUGGACAGGACGCACUGGGAGGACCCCCCGGACGAGGUUCUCAUCCCGCUCAUCGCCGUGCCGGUCCUGCUGACCGUGGCCAUGGCCGGCCUGGUGGUGUGGCGCAGCAAGCGCCCUGACCAGCUGCUGUGAGGUCCGGCGGUCGGAGGGGCCGCGCCUGGAGAGAGGGAAGGCCGGGCCGGGUGCUGCGGAGCUGUCCCGACCCGGACCCGGCGGUCGUGGGCAGGCGCCACCCGGCCCCGCAGCCCGCUGCACUCAUGCUGCUCACCCAGGCUCUUCCUCUUUCUUGGGCGGGGGAAGAAAACGCACUAAGGCCGGAGCCCGAAUCGCUGCUGCUGUGCCCGCUGCCCAGGCUGGUGUCCAGGCCAUUCCUUCGCAGAGCCCUGCCUGGCCCCGCCCGGGCCUCCUGACCUGACCCCACCCCCCGGCCUGGGUCUGACCCCACCUCCCAAUCCGACCCCACUCCUGUCCUGACCCCACCCCCUGCCCUG